AUGGGGAAUAAAAUGAUGUUGGCGACUGUAUUGAGCUGGGGACUUAUAAGUGUUGGAUUUACCUAUAUUGUGUCUGAUUGGAAACAACCAGUGUGUCCAUUCGUUAAAUGUCAGAACGAUGGCGUACUUGACAGAACCACGUGCCGUUGUAACUGUCCGCCAAGAUAUUUUGGAUAUUUUUGUGAAAAAGUUAAAUUGAGAACGAAAUGGCCAGACGGGACAUAUGCCCUCCCUGCCUCAAUGUUUGGUUGUCCUGAGACUGAGGACAGGGACUGGACCUUAUCUUACAUUAACCUGACUCUCCCCGACUCCGCCCAACGACAGUACUGGAACACUAAAGACCCAGACCUCCUCAAUGGCAUCAUAGAGCCAAACAUACUGGGACCGUACUAUUAUCGUGCUAUUCAAAUGAACUUUUGUGUGAAAAAUCUAGCAUAUUUUGAUGAUGAGAACAAUGAUACAACUAAGGAAUGGCCGAAAGGUGAAUAUUGCAUAUACAACCUCAACGAGUGUCCUCAAGGGUUUUCUAAUGGCAGCUUGACAAUAUCCGGUUAUCAGUUUACACAUCAAGAUAUAGGGGGCGUUAUUCCAGGGGAGACCGGAAGCAACAUGAGUCUGAUGCUGAAGUUUUGUUGUAGAGAAGAUGGAGAUUACCGGACAUCAAUAAAACUACCAUCAGAAUUCCCGUUUGUUCUGUUUCAGAGUAUGUCAGCUGAUGGCUGCCAGGAAGUGACGUCAAUGAUCACUCAGCGGGAUUAUUUUUACAUGACCAAUGAACACGACGAUUGGCAGUUUGAAGGGACGUUGCCUAUGUUUAAUAGAACAGCAAUAAAUGGUUCUAUAGGCGUGGCAUAUUGUUAUUACGAACCAUAUGAUCACCGUGAGUGUUACUAUGAUACUGACCAUGGGAAUUCAUACAAUGGCAGAAAAAGUGUUUCCGCUUCCGGAAAGGCGUGUUUGAUUUGGACUGACUCAGACUUCGACUUCUUUCACAAUGAUAAGAGGACUUAUCAUGAGUUUGAUGAAAAUUACUGUCGUGCUUACGAGUACUUUACCUACAAAUCUAGGAAACCAUUGUGUCUUGUUGAGUUUCCAAAUGUCAAAGAAGAAUGCAACGUCCCUAUAUGUGCUGAAGAGAUGGGCUUACAAGAAUUUGGAAAAUUUAAACCUUUCAGAAGUGUUCCAAACGCUGGAGACAACUAUCCGGAUUAUCCUGUGGAUGGAUUUAUAGGUACCCUGAAUUCGUUUGUUUCCAGUCGACCUAUGAUGAAACCUUGGUAUCAAAUUGACCUUCAGGAAUAUGUAGAAGUUCAUGCCAUCAUUAUUUACCGUUAUGCAACAUAUUUCCCGAAUAAUAUGCGGUAUGUGGGAACUUACAUCAGUAAGAAUCAGUGGGACUUCAUGAACUAUGGCGCCGUUCGAUGUGACGAUGUCAGACUCCCAGGAUACUCCAGAGUGUUCCGGUAUCAGUGCAGGCGUCCGGUGGUGGGUCAAUACGUCACCAUCCGGAACUUUGAUUUCACACAUCCAGAUAUCAAUCCAGGCAACUAUUUCAAAAUGGAAAUCAACGAGAUUACAAUUCUCGGAAAAUCUACAACCUGUGGGAGAGCAUUAGGAAUGGCCUCUGGUAACAUCUAUGACUAUCAGCUUGAAUCAUCCUCUGAUGACACAGAAGGCGUUGAAGUAAUGCCACUCUCAUUUCGAGGCCGAUUGUAUCACCCAGACCCAGGAUGGUGUGCUUCAAAGAAGGACGAACAACCUUGGUUCAUGAUUGAUUUGAUAAUCUCGACUGUUAUCCAAGGAGUUAUAAUACAGGGGUGGAUCUCGGGGAUAUAUACUAGAUACAUCCAGUCAUUCCAAGUGUCCUACGGAGUGACGAGAAAUACGAUGACACGUUAUAGGGCCUCUCCUGGUACUGUAAAGACCUUUGUUACUGAUACAACAAUAGAAGUGAGCACACCACAGACGUUUUUGUUUCAUACAGACAUCCUGGCAAGAUAUAUCAAAAUACACCCUAUAGUGAAAGAUAGUCAGCAGGCUUGUUUCAAGACAGAAGUCAUAGGAUGCCAAAAACAAUUGCAGAGAGACAUAAAAUGUAAAAGGGACACUAUUGACUUUGGAUAUGAAGAACUAAAACGCUUUUCUUACUGGCUUGAAAAAGAGGACAAUUCUCCGUUUGAUGCUAAAAAUAUAUCGAGCAUCAAAGGCUGUAGACAGUUUUGUUUAAGAAAUAACUGCACGGCCCUCUCUUUCCAGAAGUAUACUUCAUCUCAGAGGUGUUCGUUAAGUUUUGGGGACAGAUAUCAUCCUACAAGAACAGUGGCCUGGGUGCAAACUGGUUCCUCUCAACACUAUGCCUCACAUCGCCUUUGCUUCAAGAACGCACAUCCUAUCCUUCCAUGUAUUUUUCCAAUUAAUCUUCAACAAAGAAAGGAGGCUGUUAUCAGAUCUCCUGGCUUCCCAUUCAGUUAUGGUCAGGGUCUUAAUUGUACUUGGAAUAUAUUUGUUGGAGAUUCGGACUUUGUAACGCUGGAAAUAGUGUACUUACAUUUAGCAAAACCAACUACAAAAAUAGCAUUGAAAGAGCUCGGAAUCUUCGAUAUAAAUCCCGGGAAAUGCAAAGAAAGCUUACUUAUAACUGAACAAUCCAACACCAUUGAGAUAUCUACUGAUACAGAGAGGGACUAUCGAGACACGACUGUGAUCUCCUCUGGGAAGAUUUUGUCAGUGAGACUGAAAUCUUGCUUCCAAAUGUCUGCAGAAAAGAGAGAAAAGAAUUUCGAAAUUAAAGUCACAAAGUCAGGUAAACCGGGUUGUGGAAUGACAGACGAAGGGUGUACAGUUACCUGUACACUGCAGUCAGCCUACAUAGCUACUAAGAGGUACCCUGCACCUUAUAAAGCAGAAGAAACCUGCACAUGGAGGAUAGAAGGGACGUUUGGGCAAUAUGUAGACCUCAAAAUUCUCCACUUAGACGUUAUUAAUGGCGAUGCCACCUGUUCCAAUUCCUACAUCGCUGUCUAUGAUAUUGACCUCAGUGAGAGCGAGAAGUUACUAGGAAGAUUCUGCAAAGAAAACAGGCCUUAUAGGAAUAUAACUUCAAGAUGGCACCGGAUGAGAAUUGAGUUUCAUUCAGGAAAUGGAGAAAAACAGGGACAAGGAUUUUUAGGAUUGUACACUUUUGUUAAUUUUACCCAAAGAUAUUUGGAUAUGGAAAAUGGAGAAUGUUCCGGCAACUGGUACUACAACAAUGGUAGUUGCUACAGAAUAUUCACUGAUAAUGAAGGUAUCACUUGGCAGAAAGCAGAACAGAAAUGUAUUCAACAGAAUGGAAGCCUUGUCAGUAUCAAUUCAAAACAGGAACUUUCCUUCAUUCAUUUCCUUUUAACAAACGCUAUGAACAUCACUCGAGACUGGGAGAUAUACAUUGGUCUUCGAAAGAUCUACUCUGAAGAAAACGACGAACUGAACUAUAUGUGGACGGAUGAAAACCCUUUAACAUUUACUGCUUGGUUUCGUGGUGACAACAUCAAAGAUGGCCAACCCAAUGGGGUUCAUAAUGAGCUAUGUACCAGUAUCCGAUUCUCCAGUAUUCACUCUAUCCACGACUGGCAUGAUACUGCCUGUGCUUACAAUAAAAUCAAAAGUUAUUUGUGUGAAAUUGAGAUCGUAAAACAAAAUGAGACCAUACUUAGAGAGAAUUGGUGGGGAAUUGGUUCUCUCGAGUCACAGUCAUCUGCAAGACUGGAUAACAUUUUGUUAAAGUGUGAGAACACAGAACUGAUUAACAGAUUGUUUGUGUGUGACGGAAUGGAGGACUGUUUUGACGGAUCGGAUGAGUCCAACUGCUCUACAACGUGUACGGAGACUCAGUUCCAAUGCAGCAGUGGUGACUGCGUCUCUGUCAGUCUGUAUUGUGACUUUGUCAGCCAUUGUCCAGAUAACUCCGAUGAAACCAAUUGUAUCAGAAGACCAUGCACAGAUAAGGAAUGGGAAUGUUAUAGUGGUCAAUGCAUUCCGGCUGUCAACCGAUGUGAUAUGAAAGUGGAUUGUGUUGAUGGAAGCGACGAGGAUUAUUGCGUGAAUUGUAACAAUGGCUUUGAAUGCUACGAUCAAACAUGUCUUCACCUUUCUAAAGUUUGUGAUGGUUUUAUCGACUGUAGUGGAUUCUUCGCUGAGGACGAAUCUCAGAAUUGUGAAAACAAUGUCCGGAGAUCGUGUAAAGACUGGUGGAGACUGGGCAAGAGGGAGAAUGGGGAAUACCUUGUUAACAUGGGAUUGAUUGGCAUAGGUCCGUCUAAAGUCGAAUGCCAAUUUGUGAAAGCCAAUGACCAUGUUAGUGUGCGAACAGUAAUUCACCAUUCUGAAGAAGAAACACUAUACACCCGUUUAACUGAGGUGGACAUCACACUUAAGUACAAAGCAAAUCAAGCUCAGAUAGCAAAACUAAAGGAAAUGAAUAACUGUAGCCAGAAAGUUAGAGUUCGUUGUCACUACAUCUACGUUAACAUCGAUGUCAUGUUAGAGGGGCAGAAUGGACAACGUCUUCACACAAGAUCAGGGGAUCAACAGAACAACUGUUCCUGUCCUUUUGUCAGUAAAUGUGAAAAGGGAAAAUCAAAAUGCAAUUGUAAUUCCACGCUGGGUGAGUGGUAUGGUGCCGAAGCCACAGAAGUGAGAGAGGAUGCCGGAAUAAUAACCAAUCAUUCCUUUCUGCCUAUCAAGAGAGUUUUUAUCCACUGUCCAGGGGAAAAUAAAUUCAUUAAAUUAAAUAUUGGACCUCUUGAAUGUUCAGAAGAGACAGAUAAUGUAAACAUAGACUUCCUUUGUCGAACAGGAAAGAUUGUGCCAAUCUCUCGGCGAUGUAUUCUUGAUUAUGACGUAUAUGGUGACAUCAUAGGCUGUCGAGAUUUGUCACAUCUAGACGAAUGUGAGUCAAUAGCAUGUCCUUCAGGUUAUAUGAAAUGUCCCGGAAGCUUCUGUAUCCCUCCGCGGUUGAUCUGUGAUGGUGAGAAACACUGCAAAAAUGGUGUUGACGAAAUGAACUGUGAGUCUUGCCCCGGGUUGUAUCGAUGCAAAGAUAGCACAGUAUGCUUGAAUCCGAAUAAGCUAUGUGACAACAUUACCCAUUGUCCUCUUGGCGAUGACGAACUUCUAUGUUUCAUCACGUGUCCUGAUAAGUGCCAAUGUGAUGGUCUCUCAAGCAUUUGUAGAGAUAUUCAAAACAAAAGCAUAAUAAAACUUCCAAGUCAGCUGAGAUAUUUAGACCUCAGUGAAAAUAACUUUAGCAAUGGUUUGCCUUCUCUGAAACAUUUGAAAGAUCUAAUCAGAUUAUUUAUGGCAGAUUGUGGGUUGACUUCUAUUGAAUCCUUUACCUUUAUUAAUCAAAGGAAUUUGCUAAAACUUGAUCUCAGAAAUAAUAAAAUAACUCAAUUACAUAGCAAUGCAUUCACUGGACUAGUUUCACUGAAAGACUUACAGAUGGAAGGAAACGAACUUUUGACUGAAAUAGCAGAUCAAGCAUUUCUUGGACUGCAAAGUCUACCUGAAAUGACUCUAACAAAUUCCCGUUUAUGGAAUAUUCAACGAAACACUCUAGUGGGACUACAAAAUGUUAGACAACUGAAUUUAUCUGCAAAUCGCAUUCGCUUUAUCUCCGACUUUGCAUUUCAAAAUUUAUCUAAUGUAAUAGUUUUGGAUAUGCAAAGAAACGAAGUGAAGCAAUUUUCAUCCCAAAUCUUUAAUGGGCUUCUUAAACUUCAAAAACUAUAUACAGAUUCGUAUGCAUUCUGUUGUCUGAAACCUACAUCAGUAAAGGAAUGCUUACCAACUGCCGAUGAAUUCUCAUCCUGUGAUGACCUGAUGAGAAAUGAUAUCCUUUCAACAUUCAUGUGGAUCACUGGAUUUUGUUCUUUAUUCGGAAAUCUAGGAGUUUUCAUCUUCAAAGUACGUUUUGACUCUCACACAUUAAAGAAAAGUCACGGAAUUUUUAUCACAAAUUUAAGUGUAUCAGAUUUUUUAAUGGGAAUCUACUUGAUAAUUAUUGCAUCUGCUGAUCAGUAUUAUCGGGGAAAAUACAUCUGGAAUGAUGUAAGAUGGAGGGAGAGUACAGCGUGCCAAAUAGCCGGCAUGCUCGCAACUAUCUCGAGUGAAAUGUCAGUAUUUCUGUUGUGCCUUAUUACAAUUGAUCGUCUUAUAGCUGUCAAAUUUCCCUUUGGUCAAUUAAGGUUCUCUAGAACCCGAGCUCUUUAUUGUAUUGGGAUCCUGUGGAGUGCAACCGUCUUGUUGUCUGCAAUCCCAUUGAUACCAGGUAGAUACUUCAAACAAAAGUUCUACUCCCGCUCUGUCGUCUGCCUUGCUUUACCUUUAACCAGAGACAGACCUGCAGGGUGGGAAUACUCCACAGCAAUCUUCAUCAUACUCAAUUUCAUCCUCUUUCUAAUUAUUGCAUUGGGACAAUGCUUAAUAUACAGAGAGAUAUCAAAUACGUCUUCGAAGGUGAAUUCGACCAGAAGGACCCAUGAAAUGGUCAUCGCUCGUGGAUUAUUCUUGAUAGUUCUGUCUGACUGCCUCUGUUGGUGUCCUAUUGGAAUUAUGGGACUGCUGGCACUAAAUGGACACGUGAUUUCGGGCGAAGUAUAUACAUGGGUUGCCGUCUUUAUUCUUCCUAUUAAUUCGGCUUUGAAUCCAUUUUUGUACUCAUUUUCUAGUAUAAGGAGCAGGGUUGAAUUGGCGGUGUUAUCCCAAAAGAGAACAGUUUCUGGAACUCAUUCUGCGACAGAGACUUAUACAGAACUUUGUGAGAAUGAUUUGUUUAUAAUUGGUAAAAAUGCUCCCCUUUUUGUCACCUUGUCUGAGUACAUGAGGAAUCACACUCUUACACUACCGGAAAUUAAGCUUGUCGUUCUAAGAUUGUCUGAGGCUAUGAAGUUUCUUCAUGAUCGUGACCUAGUUCACGGGUGUUUGGAUACGAGUCUUGUUUCACUGGAUGUUGAGGAUGGGGAAAUUAAGGAUCUAUCUAUAAAAAUAGAACCACAUGAAACUGCAAUGGACGAGAAUAUACGAAAUGACAUGAAACAACUAGGAGAAAUAACAUUGAGAAUGCUGAAAAAUCACCAAAGUGACACAACACACAGUUGAAAUCAUUUUCGUACAUUUUAUGACGUUAUCAUUUUUAUACGACCAAUAUUCGAUACAAUAAACAAUCUGAUUGGCAUAGGGUUACCGGAUUGACUCAGCUUUGUUUUUUGGUGGAAAUGUGUCACGGGUCAACACCUCCCCCUGUUUUACCAUUGAAUGUAGUUAAUAAACUCCUAAAAAUGACUUAAACACUUUACUUA